ACCGACUGACCCCCAACAAAAAAUCAUAAUAUAGGAUAGAUUUGGAGGUUAAAGUCCGGGGAGCUGAUGAUAUGGAGAAAAUUAUUUUCAAUGUUGAGUAAUCGUAAUUUCCGUUUUAAUGGUAGAUCCUUAGAUCUUGAGGGUCGUCAGAAGGUGGUUGGAACAAUUUGUCCGGAUCACGCACAAAUAAUUUACCUUGUUAAUUUUGUCCGGACAUGUUGACAACAGAAUCAUCCUCAUGAUGUCCAACACUGGCCUUCUGAUUUUGACGAAUCCAGCGAGAGUCAAGAAGCUCCUUCCUGUGAUAAAACGUCACGUCCUCCAGACCCUGUACAUUCAGUACUCCCCGCCCAGAGCAGCCAUUCCCCAGUAUCAAUUCAAAACCUCCAUAAACUCCAAAACCAUCACGAGUAUUUACACCCAGGCGGCCUCCUCCCUCUCCCGAAUAGACGUGAGAGUCCUCAUUUCCAAGACUAGUCAAAACUCUUCGCCAAUAAUCACCAGAAAACCCAUUGAACUAGUGAUAUUUGAUGGGAACUAUCCUCAGGAGGAUGCUGACACUUUCAUUCAAAAAUUCCUAGAGAAUAGAUCGGGAUCUUGCCGUCACAUCUCUCUGGAUAUCGAUAAUCCCUCUGAGGCCGAUGAAGGGGAGAAAGGUUCCAUCAAAAGUGAAGACGUUGGAAGAACUUCCUGGAGAAAGGUUGUACUGGGAGGUACUUUUGACAGGCUUCAUAAUGGCCACAAAAUACUGCUAAGUGAAGCCGUUCUUCGAUGUGAGGAGAAGCUGACUGUUGGAGUCACUGAUGAAACCAUGAUUCAAGGGAAGAUCCUCUGGGAGUUGAUUGAACCGUGUGAAAAAAGAAUUGAGGCUGUUAAGGAGUUUCUUGAGGACGUUGAUGGAUCAAUUCGUUAUGAUGUCGUUCCUAUUGCUGAUAUGUUUGGCCCCACCAAGAGUGAACCUGAUUUGGAUAUGAUUGUCGUCAGUGAGGAAACCGAACGAGGAGGGAUUAAGGUUAAUGAAGUGAGAAAACAAAAGGGUCUGAGAACCCUAGACAUCCACGUGGUGAAAUUAGCUGAUGACAUGGAGCACAGUGAGUACGAGGAGGCGAAAAUUAGCUCGAGUAACCAGAGAAUACGUCUUUUGGGGACGAGGCUAAAGGAGCCUGACCUGACGGGGAGAAAGUUGAAGCCCUAUAUUAUUGGUUUGACUGGGGGAAUCGCCAGUGGAAAGUCCUCGGUGGCUGAGAAACUUCAGUCAUUGGGGGCUGGAGUAGUUCACUGCGAUAAAUUGGCUCAUGAUCUUUAUGAGCCAGGAAGGACGGGCUUUCAGAAGGUGGUUGAAGUCUUUGGAGAGGACAUUUUGGAUGGCGAGGGGAGGAUCGAUCGGAAGAAACUAGGGCAGAUUGUGUUCAAUGAUAACGAACAAUUGAAUAAAUUGAACAAAGCAGUUUGGCCGACCAUUCUUGAUGCCGCCCUGGUGGAAAUUCAGAGACUUCACACCGAGGGCUACGAAAUCAUCGUUAUGGAGGCUGCAGUCCUCAUUCAAGCCAAAUGGCAAUCAGUCUGCCACGAAAUCUGGACCUGUAUAGUUCCUCAUAAAGAGGCUGUGAAAAGGAUGAUGGAGAGGAACGGUUUGUCCGAAGGAGAGGCCGAGGCCCGGAUCAAUGUCCAACCCAGCAAUACCGAGCAGGUAGAAGCGGCCACCGUUGUAUUGUCCACACUCUGGAGUCAUCAAGUCACUCUGGAGCAAGUCAAUCGUGCCUGGAGGGCAGUCAAGGAUUUCCUCAACCAAAAAUCUUGAAUGUCAUGCUGUCAUUCAUGUUCAAUUUGUGAAUAUUAUCCUAAAUGUACAUGAAGAUGAAAAUCGUUGGGAAUUGUUGAUCAAUUUCAUUCCUCAUUUUAUUUUUUCAAAUAAAUUAUCGAAGAGAGGAUAAACGAAUUUUAGAAUAAAUAAUCAACUUGAUGAAUCA